UGCUAUGGUCCUAUGGUUUCUCUCGACUCACCCGGUUCCAGGAUAGAUUUUUACUCUUCAAACAUACCAGAGUCGCUAUAUGCGAUCCCUGACUCUGCUUCUGGUACGCAAGCUGUUUUAAUUAGUUCCCCGCAUCCAGUGUAGGCGGGAGGGAUUGUUAAUUGUGCUACCGAACUGCCCCUAAUCAAAACGAAACAAAACGGCCUAAACCCAGCCGUCAGAAAACACAGAAAAUUGAACUUUUUUCAAUGUGUCAAUCACUCUCGAGUCAUCUGGGAUCCACGAGGUAAGCCCAAGGGACUACUAGGGGGGCACUUGAACAUUUGUAGUGUCGUUCCAAAAAGUAAUCAAAUUCAACAUCUACUCACAGACUCCAACCUUGACUUUCUCUGCCUCUCAGAGACAUGGCUCCAUAAACACUCUCCAUAUGCUGCUGUGAUUGGCUACAAUGUUUUCAGGAGAGACAGGAUUGAACGGAAGGAGGGGGUGUGAUGAUUUACAUUAAAGAACAUAUCCGAUGUAAACAAAUUGAGUGGUCAUGUGAUAAUGAACGAGAAUGUAUCGGCCUGAACGUUACACUGUCUCCCCAAAUGUCUUUUACCCUCAUUGGAAUGUAUAGGCCACCUUCCACCAAAAGUGUGUUUUUUGAUCAGUUUAAUACCAUGCUUAGGGAAUGUGAUUUUGGGAAAGAGGUCAUCUUAAUGGGAGAUUUUAACAUUAAUUAUGAAGACAAGUCUUGUAGGAAAACCCUCAAACGGAUCACUAAUACCUUUGACCUUACACAGCUAGUUAAAGGGCCAACCAGGGUGACUUGUUGCUCUAAAACACAGAUUGAUUUGGUGUUCAGUAAUAAACCAGAGAGAGUGAGUACAUCAUUCAAUAUGGUUACUGGGGUAUCUGAUCAUAAUCUGACACUUAUAGCCAGAAAGCUGUCUAAGAGCAGGUUUAACCUCUCUACUGUUAGAAAGCCAGAUCAACUCAGAAUACCUAAGAGUGAAUUAAACUAUUUUGAAAAAGCAAUUAAGGGAAUAAACUGGAAUGAUCUCUUGUCCUAUACAGACGUGGAAGCUGAUAGUCAGGUUUUUCUAUCCACAAUACAGACUACAAUAAAUGGCUUCCUAAAGAAAAUCAAAUCCAAACCUGGCCAAAAGAGCACUCUUCCUUGGCUAAAUGGAGAAAUCUGGAAAUUGAUGAAAGAACGAGAUUAUGCUCUAAAAAUAGCCCUAAAAUCUAAAUUAGAGCAUGACAGACGUAGGUUUACCAUGUUGAGAAAUAAGGUGAUGAAAGAAAUCAGACAGGUCAAGGCAAACUUUUUUAUUAACAUAAUUGGUGAAGCAAAGGGAAAUUCUAAAUUGAUAUGGGAGAAUCUACAUUACAUUUAAGUCAUUUAGCAGACGCUCUUAUCCAGAGCGACUUACAAAUUGGUGCAUUCACCUUAUGACAUCAACAAAAGUUAACAGGGAAAGACCAUAGUAACACUGCAAAAAGACUAGAAAUCAUGGUGAAUAACAAUCUAACACAGGAUGCAGUUGAAAUAGCAACAGCCUUCAAUUCCUACUUUAUUGACUCUGUCAGGUUACUGACACAGAACCCCUCCACUGGUUUCUUGGGCUCAGUGCUAAUGAAUGACGCUCAACCUGUCUUCAUCAUAAGGGAGGUUUCUGAGUCAAAGGUGAACAAGGUGAUUAAGCUCACUAAAGAACUCUAAAGCCAAAGAUGUGUUUGGGAUGGACUCUACCUUUCUUAAAAACUACAAAGAGUCACUCAUUGGCCCCAUUACUAAGGUCACCAACACAUCUAUUGGUCUCGGUGUGUUUCCAAGGGUAUGGAAGUCGGCCAUAAUAACGGCCAUCUUUAAAUCAGGCGACCCUGCUGACGUGAGUAACUACAUGCCCAUUAGUAUACUACCUGUGGUGUCAAAGGUUGUUGAAAAGUGUGUAGCAGAACAACUGAUUAACCACCUCAACAACAGCCCUUUCACAUUACACUCCAUGCAGUUUGGCUUCAGAGCGAAACACUCCACAGAAACGGCCAACUGCUUUCUUCUGGAAAAUGUGAAGUCCAAGAUGGACAAAGGGGUGCUGUUGGGGCUGUGUUUCUGCACCUAAGGAAGGCUUUUGAUACUGUUAACCAUGAGAUUCUCAUCACAAAAUUGUCCAAGUUCAACUUUUCCCCUGAUGCCUUGAGAUGGAUGAAAUCAUACCUUGAAGGCAGAACUCAGUGUGUCAGAGUGAGCAAUGAACUGUCGCCCACUCGUAGCUAUGAUGUGGGCGUGCCCCAAGGGUCAAUACUGGGCCCCCUCCUGUUCAGCCUGUACAUUAAUGAUCUGCCUUCUGUCUGUACUGGGUCUGAAGUUCAAAUGUAUGCAGAUGAUAAAGUGAUAUAUGUGCAAAGAGCAAACUACAAGCUGCACAAGAACUCACUACUGUAAUGGUCCAGGUUACAUAGUGACUCACUACUGUAAUGGUCCAGGUUACAUAGUGACUCACUACUGUAAUGGUCCAGGUUACAUAGUGACUCACUACUGUAAUGGUCCAGGUUACAUAGUGACUCACUACUGUAAUGGUCCAGGUUACAUAGUGACUCACUACUGUAAUGGUCCAGGUUACAUAGUGACUCACUACUGUAAUGGUCCAGGUUACAAAGUGACUCACUACUGUAAUGGUCCAGGUUACAUAGUGAAUCACUACUGUAAUGCUCCAGGUUACAUAGUGAAUCACUACUGUAAUGGUCCAGGUUACAAAGUGACUCACUACUGUAAUGGUCCAGGUUACAUAGUGACUCACUACUGUAAUGGUCCAGGUUACUUAGUGACUCACUACUGUAAUGGUCCAGGUUACACAGUGACUCAGUGACUCACUACUGUAAUGGUCCAGGUUACAAAGUGGCUCAGUGACUCGUGUUUGCAUCUCAAUGUGAAAAAAACUGUUUGCAUGUUCUUCACAAAGAGGGCAACAGAUGCUACUGAGCCAGAUGUCUAUGUGUCAGGGGAGAAGCUCCAGGUGGUAUCUGAUGCUACUGAGCCAGAUGUCUGUGUGUCAGGGGAGAAGCUCCAGGUGGUAUCUGAUGCUACUGAGCCAGAUGUCUAUGUGUCAGGGGAGAAGCUCCAGCUGGUAUCUGAUGCUACUGAGCCAGAUGUCUAUGUGUCAGGGGAGAAGCUCCAGCUGGUAUCUGAUGCUACUGAGCCAGAUGUCUAUGUGUCAGGGGAGAAGCUCCACCUGGUAUCUGAUGCUACUGAGCCAGAUGUCUAUGUGUCAGGGGAGAAGCUCCAGGUGGUAUCUGAUGCUACUGAGCCAGAUGUCUAUGUGUCAGGGGAGAAGCUCCAGGUGGUAUCUGAUGCUACUGAGCCAGAUGUCAAUGUGUCAGGGGAGAAGCUCCAGGUGGUAUCUGAUGCUACUGAGCCAGAUGUCUAUGUGUCAGGGGAGAAGCUCCAGGUGGUAUCUGAUGUUACUGAGCCAGAUGUCUAUGUGUCAGGGGAGAAGCUCCAGGUGGUAUCUGAUGCUACUGAGCCAGAUGUCUAUGUUUCAGGGGAGAAGCUCCAGCUGGUAUCUGAUGCUACUGAGCCAGAUGUCUAUGUGUCAGGGGAGAAGCUCCAGGUGGUAUCCGAUUUUAAGUACCUUGGCAUCAUACUUGAUUCCAACCUCUCUUUUAAAAAGCAUGUGAAAAAGGUCAUUCAAAUAACUAAAUUCAAUCUAGCUAAUUUCCGAUUUAUACGAAAUUGUUUGACUACAGAGGUAGCAAAACUGUACUUCAAAUCUAUGAUACUCCCCCACUUAACAUACUGCUUGACUAGUUGGGCCCAAGCUUGCUGUACAACAUUAAAACCUAUUCAGUCUGUCUACAAACAGGCUCUCAAAGUGUUUGAUAGGAAGCCUAAUAGCCAUCAUCAUUGUCACAUCCUUAGAAAACAUGAGCUCCUGAGUUAGGAAAAUCUUGUGCAAUACACCGACGCAUGUCUUGUAUUCAAGAUCCUUAAUGGCCUGGCUCCCCCUCCACUCAAUAUUUUUGUUAAACAGAAAACCCAGACAUAUGGCAGCAGAUCCACAAGGUCUGCCAUGAGAGGUGACUGUAUAGUUCCCCUAAGGUAAAGCACCUUUAGUAAAUCUGCAUUCUCUGUGAGAGCUUCCCAUGUCUGGAAUACACUGCCAUCAGACACACAUAACUGCACCACAUAUCACACUUUCACAAAAUGCUUGAAGACAUGGCUAAAGGUCAAUCAGAUUUGUGAACAUGGUCCCUAGCUGUGUAUUGCCACUUUCCAUGUUGUCUGUUGUCUGUAGCUUGUGAGGUGUGGAAACACUUUGUUGCUUUUAUGAAUUUUGUCUUGCUGCUUUUUGUCCUAUGUUGCUCUGUCUGUAUGCUAUGUUUUGCUUGUCCUAUGUUGCUAUGUCUAUGGUGCUAUUGUCUAUAUUGUAAUUGUUUUUAAUAACCUGCCCAGGGACUGCGGUUGAAAAUUAGCCGGCUGGCUAAAACCGGCACUUUUACUGAAACGUUGAUUAAUGUGCACUGUCCCUGUAAAAAUAAAAUAAACUAAACUGAUUGGUUAUGCCGCACUGGUCUGUGUAGAGGCUGAGUAGUGCAUGUCAAUGCAAUAGAAUCCUACACCUAUACGUUCUGCCUACAACAAGAUCUCUUGCAUAGUUUGUUUUGUUUCGGUGGUUAAUAUUGUGUUCAUUCUAUUACAAUUGACAAAGUAAAAGACAACAUUGAUAGUGUUAACAUGGAAAACUCUCGAAAAGUGGUCACCUUUUGAGUCUAAGAUCAUGACUUAAAUAACGUACGCCUAUGCAACAUUAACCUAUCAAUGAGGUUUGUACAGUCUCCUCCCAGACCAGGACUAAAGCAUCCGCCAUCUCCUGGACAGUCUGUGGUGCAACGUGGCAUUGGUGGAUGGAGCGAGACAUGAUGUCCCAGAUGUGCUCAAUUGGAUUCAGGUCUGGGGAACGGGCGGGCCAGUCCAUAGCAUCAAUGCCUUCCUUUUGCAGGGAACUGCUGACACACUCCAGCCACAUGAGGUCUAGCAUUGUCUUGCAGUAGGAGGAACCCAGGACCAACCACACCAGCAUAUG